AUGAAGGAGCAACAUUACACUGAGGAAGCACCUUUUGUGAAAAUGACAAAUGCUGUUUGUGUGUCAUACAACAAGUCGUGGGUCGUUUUUCAUUAUUGUCGACUGAAGGCCUAUUCCCGAAACAAAACCAGCUUGAAUAUAAAUGCCACCUUUCUGGAGCCAGCUAAUAAUAUAUUAAUAAAGGUGAAGAUUAUGAAGAAAGCAAAUGGCUAUAAACCGUUUCUGGUUGACUACACUUUGGAUGCCUGCAAAUUUAUGAGAAGGCGAAACCAACCCUACAUGAAGAUUAUCUGGAAUAUGAUAAAGAAUGUAUCCACUGUUAAUCAUACCUGUCCAUAUGGAUUGCAAACUGUAAACGAUUUUCAUGAUGUCUAUAUUCCUCUUCCAUGGCCAUCUGGAGCAAAAAAAAUUUCAGAUUUUAACGACUCUUAA